AUGCAACAUAAAGCGACAUCCACCAAACAAUCAUCACCAUCACCAUCAUCUUCAUCAUCUGGUACCACAACCGCCACACCAGCCAGACCCGCCAACAUUGAAUCAGUGAAGCAUGUGAUCAAGACUUGUCUUUACUCAUUGGUUCUCUUGUUGGUGCCACUGGUGAUCUACUCAAAUAGUGUACAGAAUACAUUCCUCAAUCAAGAUGUUGUAGUUACAUUGGAUCCUGCAUCGACCAACACAGCAAUCAGAUUCAACACGAACAGGAGCAGUACCGAUCUGAUCACAACACUUUCAUUCCAACUGGAUGCCAAGAUAACUGAACUCAAUGAACAGCCUCAGUCCUCUGCCGAGUCAUACCAUCUCACCAAUAUAAUACUACAUGGUAUCAUCACUAUUCAAGUCUUCUUGCUGGCAUCGAGGGUCAUUUCAUCGACGAGGACCUCAUCGUUUGCCCAAGACCUGUGCUGCUUCCUUGGCGCACUAUUCUUUGCUCUACACCCCAUCGCCACGGAACACUGGCACUCUUCAUUGUUGGCUGCCAUUGCUACUUGGUCGUAUACACAUUGGUUGCAAUACUGCCACUGUACGACCUACUUGUUCGUGGUCGUUGGCGCAUGA